CGGCGUCACCUAUUCCGCCACGUGGUAAACCAUCCCAGAACCUUGUUACGGGUGGUGAGCGAAAAAGACGCGUCACGUUGCUAAGCACGAUGUAAACAAACAGCAACAGACUGGACGCGUCAGACACUCCAAACGUCUUUGACUAAACUGGUGCGCUUGUAUGUUCGUUCCACGUCAAAUUAAACGGAAACGCCCUUUGCCGUCAAAAGAGUUUGCGGAAAAUGCACCGCCUGCUAAGGAGGCGCCGGUACCUGAUGUUGUUUAUGAAAUUCCCAUACAUCCAUCAAGAAAAGAACCAUUGAAAGAAGCACCGGACGUGACACACACCAUUAAGACUGCUACACAGAAAACGGAGAAAAAUGACUUGUCACAAGUUUUUCAAGAUACAGUUCUCAGUGCAGUUGAGCUCCAGUUUAUGAAGAAUCCUGACCAAGAUAACUUCCACAUCUCGACAUUACUUCUUGAUGACGAUGAGCAAAAAUGGGCUUCAGUGAAGCCGGCACCUACACAAAAAACACUCUCUGCUGCCCUAAAAGCGUCGAAAAGCAGUUUCUUUUCGUUCGACGAGAAUACUUUCCAUGUUCAUCGCAACGAAGCCUUUCCCUCUCGGCCUACUGCGAGUAUGUUUGACAGAAUUGUCUACGUAGAGUCAUUCCCCGCGACAAUGUCAGCAAAACCGAUGCAUCUUCUGGGUGUGCUACGACCCGUUAUGCGGCAAUGGCUUCCCUUUACAAAACUCAUCUCGACCCCAGAAGGUUAUGCCUUUGUCGAGUGCUGGAAGUCAGUUACUCAAGAGCAACUGAACCAUGUUCAAGCGCCUUCAGGCUUUACCCUUUUGUCUCGGGCAGAGUGGACACUGCGUGAGGAGAUGUACAUUGACUGUAUCGUUGGCGACAGUAAGCGAGCUACCCAACGCUUGCAACAGAGCCAAGCCCGAAGAAACCAGGGAGCUCUCGUUCGUAAUUCCAAUUUGUCUCCAUCACCCGACCCAACAAAGCCGUCGCCCCAUCACGAAAAUCCUUCCUUGGAUUCCAAUUAUCCUAAGGGACUUCUCACACGACUGUGCAACCUUCAUCCCUUGACUACGAAGUCCAACAUCCAAGCAUUUCUGGUGCAUCUGAUGAAGCAAGCCAAGCAGGACAAUGUCUGCAUCCAGUACAUUGAUUACCGCAAGGACGAAGUGGAAGCCAUUGUCCGCUGGAAAUACGCUGACCAAGCAUCUUUGUGUAUAUCAGAGCUAAAACGGCAGAAAAGAAAAAUGAGCGCCGCAGAUGACGUCGUUGGCAUUCGUACAGCAUCCGAAUUUGUUGAUGCCGAGCUCAUUGCGGGCUCCGAAGAAGCAUCCUACUGGCAACUCAUUCCGCCGAAAAGGCGAUAAUCUUGAUCGUCUUACCUGACCCCACAACACGCUUACCGCGACAAUGAAGCCGACCAACACAAACAAACAUACACCCUGUAUACCGUCGGUCUUCACGGCAUUCAAUUGAACCGCCCCCCCUUCCUCCCCAUCCCAUAACGUGAUGACGUAACGAUGCACAUGCAGAUCACGACGAUCACAAACACUCCUGCUUGGUUGAUCAGGGAUGAGCGAUCAGAAGGAUCUACGCUGUUGCAAUUCCCCGUAAUGAUCGCCACCAAGGAGUUUGAAGAUCACUCAUAUUCUCCGCAAAAAGGCAUCUGAUCGCCUUGUCCCCGUAUAUUGUCGGUCCUGACGCAACUUUUUCUAAACUAUGAUUGGCGCAUUACAUCCCAUGAUGCUUAAUUUAAAAGAUAGGAGGUAAUCUGAUAAUUUUAAAGUUACGCGAUAAUAUCUCUUUUUUAUUUUGGUG